AUGUUUGAUGGCUUUAGCAACAAUAAAGGUAAACGAAGGUCUUUUUUUCGGUUUGGUUCUGAAAGUAAAAACAAUGACUCUGAAAAAUCCGUUAGAAAGCCAUCGGUGCCCUCUACAAUAAAGAAAUCAACAAAUAUCGCACGAACUUCGACGGCUGAAACUUCUGCCCCUGAUAUACCGCCAAGAAGUCCAAAUAGGAAUGCUCAUAGCAGGAGCCAUUCUAUCCAGGCACCAUUACAAAAGGAAACAUUAAAGAAUACUAAUCCAUUUUUGAAUGCUGAGGAUACCUUAGGAGAUUCUCUUGAAUUAACACAGUCCAAGGAAGCGUCAGGAAACGAUCACAAAGGAAUUGAAUAUUUACAAGAAAACAACAUCAUUGGGCAGAGAACCAACCCCUUCACAACAAGCGCAAAUUCAAAUGCACAUUUCUCCAAGAUAAAACGUUCGAGGCCUCCACCACCGCCUAUGGACAUGAAGUCAAUAACAACGUCAAUAAGCAACAAUACUACUAAGGAAGAAAUAGAGAGUAAUAAUGAUUCUGAGCGGGAUAGUAUUGCAAUCUCAUCCACCCACAAUCAACAUAGGCGGCAGCGUUCAGAAGCAGAAAAGUUGGUAGAUGAUAUUGAAAAUUACAUUAAUGAACACAAGGUAAGUUCCGGUAGCUCACUAUCCCUAGACACGUCUGAAAACUCAGAUACUAAAGCAUCGCAAGAUAAGUUGCCAGUAGAUGUCAUGGAAGCUCCCAUUUUGAGAAAUGUCAGCGCGGAGAGUUCCUUAAGCUACGUAAAACCACUUAUUGUGGAUAAUGAAGAAGUAAAUAAAGCAAGUAACGGAAAUUUAGUACAAUCAGAUCAUCUAAAAGAAUUUUCUUCGAAUCUGGAUGAUGGGGAUGAUAAAUUUUCCUUUAGUACAUCGGCUAGUGGUAAAUCCACCAAAAGCCUUCAGCAAGUUUCUAAAGACGAAUCUAGUGGUUUUAAAGCUGCACAUUUUGAUUUUGCAUAUAAAUCAAAUGAGCACCUUGGGAGUGAUGGAAGUAUUGCAAGCGCCAGAAAGCCUCUGCGGAUAACUAAUGAGAUUGAUAGCGGUUCUUCCAACGAGGAUGAUGAUGAUGGUCUUCAGGAAAAAGGUUUUGUGGAUAGUGAAAGUAAAGCAUUUAUAAAUUACGCAAGUGAUCAAGGCUCAUCUAUAAAAAAUGACGUCUCAACACAAGAGCCUGAGUUACCAAGUCAUCGUAGAAUAUUUAGGGUGGUUAAUGAAGAUCGCCCUAGUUUCUAUUUAAAUAGUGUAAACGAUACGGGCAGUCUAACCGACAAGCAUUCUUUUGACACUGCAUCAUCUGGUGAGUAUGAUGCCAAGUCAAACUUCUCUAGCCAGUCAGGACUUUCUAUAUCAAAAGGCUCUAAAUCAACUGUUUUGGCUGCUCUUGACUCAAACGGAAACACAAAAUCAUCAAAUAAAACAUCCGAGUUAAACAGUUUAAACUCCAUUUCAGAAAGUUUAGUGCCGGCUGCUCACUCGUUCAAUGAACACACAGUUACUAUCCCUGCAACGGUGGAUUUACCAAAUCCGGUACAUGAUGCCCCAAGCGAAAGAUCUGUCAAAUGUUCACCGUUAACAUCUGUCGUAUCGAACAAAUCGGAAAAGUCCGUGCCUUUGGUUUCUAGUUACGUAGAAGAACUGCGACUAAAGUAUUACAAGACUUCUAACUUUUUACAAGCGCCUCCUAACUUGCCGGUUGCUCUAAAACAAAAAAAUAAUUUGAUUCAACCCAAGAAUAUUAAGGUCAAGUUGAGGACAAGUUCUAAGCAAAUUGGUAUCAAGCAUGGUAAAGUUAAACAGAAAUUACUGGCGUUGGAGACAAGAAAUGAAGAAUCAGAUGGAACCGCUACAGGGCUGAAAAAUAAAAUCAAUGUUGACCACACAAAGGAAUUCCAUAAAUUGUUAGGGAAGGAAAAUGAAACUGGCUCUAUUUCAAAAAAAGAAGGCACUGACGCAGAACAAGCCGAAGACUACCUCAAGGACAUACCCGGUGAUGAAGCAUAUAACAGUGAUGAUAUAAUGGCGCCUUUACGAGAAAAAAGAGGGCAAAACGGUUCUGUUGAUUCCGUGUCAAGAUCUAACACGGUAGUCAGCUACUACACAAGGUCUCAGAACAGAAUGAGAAGUGGAACACUGGAUAAUGAUUACGUGAACAGACAAAAGCUUCCUACACAUAUCUCUCUUCAAGAUUAUCGUGAUGCUAAUGCUAGAAGUAAUAUAUCGCGUCAGGACUCUGUCUCCACAACGAACUCUGAUGUGGUAGACCUCAGCUAUUCUCUGGGGCAUGGCUUGCGUGUGGCAAACCCUGAUUCAGACCCAGAAUGA